UUGCCCAGACCAAUCCGCAACAUUUACCACAAAUGGAUUCAUCCUCCUAAAUCUGGCAUCAGUUUCCGCCCCCAAUCUGCAGAUCUCACUUCUGAUUGCUCUCGCGCAGGAGUUGGUGUCGCUUCCUGUUUCCGUCAAGAUUCUCUGGGUUGCUGUUUGAUUUUGUUGGAAUUGGGGAUUUAGUCAUUUUGAAUCUCCGAGUUCUUUGGGUUCUGGUGAAAUUUCCAUCAGAAGUUUGUUUUUUGAUUGAGAUUUGGGGGUUUAUCAAAGCUAUUUUCGAUGAAUUCCUUCUCUGAGCAGCGUAUGUGAAGAAAUUGGGGGGAAGAGUUUGAUUUGAGGUUUUGGAUCGCUGGUCUUCGAAGAAAAAAGUGUUUUUGGAAGGUCAAGGAGGAAGCUUUCUUGUCUUCUACGCCAUGCUCAACAUCACCGAACCAUCGUCUUCCAUUAGCCUAGCCUCUUCCUAUCUCUCCAAUGGCUCAAGCGCGUACCAUGCUCCUGUCUCCGCCCCGAGCUCUCACGCGCGGUCCCCGGCGCCGGAGUGCGGGACCAACCUCGAGGUCUUGAGCCUCAGCAAGCUGAGCUCCAACCUGGGAUGCCUGCUCCUCGAUACGGAGUUUGACUGCACCGACGCUGAGAUCAUGGUGGAAGGGACCCCCGUCGGCGUCCACCGCUGCAUCCUGGCGGCCAGGAGCCGAUUCUUCCGUGAUCUCUUCUCGCAGGAAGGAAGCGGAGGGGGGUCUCGGCCAGAGGGAAAGCCGACGUACGAGAUGGACAAGCUGGUUCCUAGUGGCCGGGUUGGCCGCGAGGCCUUCACGGCCUUCUUGAGCUAUCUUUACACUGGCAAGUUGAAGUCGGCGCCUCCGGAGGUGUCGAUUUGCGUCGACAGGCUCUGCCCCCACGAUACUUGCCGGCCGGCCAUUGACUGCGCCGUCGAGCUCUUGUACGCGUCUUCGGUCUUUCAGAUUACAGAGCUUGUCUCGCUUUUACAGCGUCGACUUCUGAAUUUUGUGGAGAAAGCUUUAGUGGAAGAUGUUAUCCCUAUCCUCCAGGUUGCUUCACACUCAAAGCUCAACCAGUUGCUCUCUAAUUGUGUCCAAAGAGUAGCUAGGUCAGAUCUUGAUGAUGUUGCUAUUGAGAAGGAGCUCCCACCAGAAGUAGUUGAGGAAAUCAGGACAUUGCGCCGAAAAUCACAACCCAAGGAAUCUAAUGGUGUUGCAGACCCUAUACAUGAGAAAAGAAUUAAAACAAUCCACAGGGCCCUCGACUGUGAUGAUGUUGAGCUUGUAAAGUUGCUCCUGAGUGAAUCUGGAGUUACUCUAGAUGAUGCUUGUGCUUUACAUUAUGCAGCUGCUUACUGUGAUUCCAAAGUUGUCGCCGAGCUGUUAGACCUCAAUUCAGCCAAUGUAAAUUUAAAGAACGACAGAGGAUAUACACCACUUCAUGUAGCUGCCAUGAGAAGAGAGCCAGCAGUAAUUGUCUCACUUCUUACCAAAGGAGCCUCUGCAUUGGACACAACUGCUGAUGGCGAAAAUGCUGUUACGAUAUGUAGAAGAUUAACGAGGGCAAAAGACUAUUAUACAAGGACAGAGCAAGGUCAGGAGUCAAAUAAAAACAAGUUGUGCAUUGAAAUUCUAGAGAGAGAGAUGAGGAGUUCUAUUGCUGUUGAAGACUCUGUCACUUCACCAUUGUUCGCUGAUGAUACACACAUGAAGCUAUUUUAUCUGGAAAAUAGAGUUGCAUUUGCGAGAUUGUUCUUUCCUGCUGAAGCCAAGCUAGCCAUGGAAAUAGCACAUGCAGAUACGACUUCGGAAUUCACUGAUCUUCCUGCAUCUAGAAGUGCUGGUAACCUCAGGGAAGUUGACCUGAAUGAGACACCCGUAGUGCAGAAAAAGAGGCUUCGGGCUAGGGUCGAAGCCUUGACAAAAACUGUUGAGCUUGGUCGGCGCUAUUUCCCCCAUUGUUCCCAAGUGUUAGAUAACUUCCUCGAGGAAAACUUGCCUGAACCCUUCUACCUACAGAAGGGCACCCCUGACGAGCAGAAGUUGAAAAAAUUGCGAUUUUGCGAGCUCAAGGAGAAUGUUAGAAAUGCAUUCAACAAGGACAAGGUAGAAAGUUUGUUCUCAGGUUUAUCGUCCUCGUCUUCAUCCUCUCCAGCCGGCGAAGGUAACCAUCAGAGGCUUGUAAGAAAUUGAAGCCAUAAAAGUUUUUUUCCUUGAUGUAUAUUAACAAUAGAUGUUUAGAGAAAUAGAUAGGUAGAAUUGUUCUAAACUAUCAGAAAGUAUGUUGUUUUCUGGCAUCUCUGAAAGUCUCUUCAGCAACUAUCAAUCUGCCUAUUUUUGGUGUAAAAUAAUGUACCUGAAUCAAUAAGUUGCACAACUAUUAGCAUUCAUCAGUUUGAGAUUAACAAUUCCCACAAGUGUGUGAAUGUUAGUCCAUCUGAAUGUUUUCACUUUGAUGUUUCUGCAACUUUAAUCACUGUAUUUGUAACAUUCAUUCUGAACUUAUUGCUUAAAAAAACACAUUUGUUUUGUUUUAA